AUGAGGUGGUGUUUAAUUCCAGCUGGUAUCACAUUUGACGAUUCAAUAGCCAACAGAUUACAAUCUGAUUCUACUCUAUCGUAUACGAUUCGUUUGUCCAACACGAAUCGUCGCGGCAAAGGUAGUACUGGUUCGAACACUUACACACCGUGGAACACUCGUGUGCUGUUUGCAGUGCAAUUCAUCAGCGGACCCAUUAAUCCUUCAGAAAGUGAUGGAGGAUAUCCGGGGUACUGGAGAGAAGGUUUCAUGACGGUGCAGAAAGCUGUGGACAAUGCCAUUUAUGAGAUUCUCACCGGUCAUCACAUAGACAUCUUCAACACUGAUCUGAUGAUAGGCCGUUUUCCGUUCCCGGCUUACACAUCAAAAAUCAUCGAAAUCGGUGCUUUCUUUCUUCCCGUCAUCAUUGUAUUCUCCUAUAUGACGAGUGUGAUCUACAUAGUAAAAAGCAUAGUUAUGGAGAAGGAGGCCAAGUUGAAGGAAUAUAUGCGGGUCAUGGGUUUGAGCCAGUGGAUUCAUUGGGUCGGUCAUUUCAUCGUCAAUUACGUGAAACUGUUCGUCUCAGUGAUUGUCUUAACAAUUCUUCUGCACUUCGUUACAACUCGUGUGCUUCUUUUUCUCCCCUGCUUUACCGUCUUCGACUGGCGCUGUACUUUGCCUUUUGGCCAUUUCGACAUUCAUGCAGUCGGCACAGCAGCUUCUUUGAUGGCUGUGGUCGGAUGGAUGAUGUUAUAUUUCUGGUACGCAGUGUUCAACACCUUUGAUCUCGCUAAACCGUUUCCGUUUGGCGUACGAAUGGUGAACUGCCUAAAUCCGGAUAUUGCCAUGGCAUACGGUAUCACGUUGCUGGCACAAUACGAAACUCAAGCUGACGGUCUCCAAUGGGGCACACUGUUUACUCCACCUACACCGGAUCAAAGGCUUACGGUUGGCCACUGCUUUAUUAUGCUGAUCGUUGACGGUAUCAUAUUAAUGAUCAUCACGUGGUACGUCGAAGCCGUCUAUCCUGGAGGAGAAGGAGUGCCUCAGAAACCAUGGUUCUUCAUAUUGAAGUCCUACUGGUUUCCAAGCAGCCAAGGUAGGAAGAGCACUGCAUCACAAGCUGUCAGAGAUGCUCCAUCGAAGGAGAGAGAUUUUGUCAAGUUGGAGAAGGAGCCAGAUCUAAAGGCAAUGGUCAACGUGGUCGGCUUGUCAAAAACCUACGGCACAUCGAUUUUCAAGAAGCUUUUCGACUGCCAAUUUGGAAAACUGAGUGAGAAGAAAGCGGUCGACGAUCUGAACCUGAAGUUGUACCAUGGCCAGAUCACGGCAUUGUUAGGACAUAAUGGAGCCGGCAAAAGUACGACUUUCAGCAUGCUAACAGGUGUGACUUCACCAUCGUCAGGCACUGCCUACAUCGAUGAUUAUGACAUCCGCACAAGUUUACCGCAAGUUCGGAAGCAAACUGGCCUCUGCCCACAGUACAAUAUCUUGUUCAAUUCAUUAACUGUUAUGGAACAUUUGGAAUUCUUCUGCAAGUUGAAGGGUCGAGAGUACUUUGAGAAGGAAGCCGUCGACAUCCUUACACGGCUUAAAAUUGACUUCAAAAUGCACGCCAGAGCUGGUACUUUAUCUGGUGGUCAGAAGCGAAAGCUCUCGUUGGCCAUCGCUCUCAUCGGCGGAUCUGAGAUAGUGAUGCUUGACGAACCAACAUCCGGUAUGGAUCCUGGAGCACGUCACGAGACCUGGACUCUUCUACAGGCAGAGAAAAGCCGACGGACGAUUCUGCUGACGACGCAUUUCAUGGAAGAAGCCGAUUUGCUCGGCGAUAGAAUUGCUAUCUUGGCUCAUGGCCAACUCCAAUGUUGUGGUUCAGGAAUGUUUUUGAAGUCUCAAUAUGGUACGUGA